AAACAUUUUUUUCCUUGAAUACAGGUUUCUGAAUGUGUCAUAGCCUAUGAUGGACUAUGAAAAGACAACAGAUGAGGAAAGAUGUCUUCUGGGAAUGAUACCCCUCAGGGGUGUGGAAUAGUCUUUAACUUCCUACUGAAGUGACAAUCAUCUGUAUAAUUUGAAAAAAUUGUUCAUCUCAUGAGGAUUGGUGAAAAAUGAAGAACUCAUUUUUUCUUGACUUCAAAAUCAAUGACUUGCUCUUUGAGGGGUUUACCACACGGACAGUGGCAGGUCUGCUUGCCACCUGCCUUGGGAUGCUCUGUGUGGCUUUCCUUUAUGAAGGAAUGAAAAUCUACCAGAAUUAUCUUGGUUACCAGCAGCUGAAGCAUGGGGAGGUGUCAUUGUUCUCAAGGUCCAGUGCCACCAUUGAGGAGGAAACCGCUUUGCUUCCUCGACGUAGAGUAAUUUCCAUAUUCCACAUGGCGAAAGUUGGACUUGGCUAUUGUCUGAUGCUGGUUGCAAUGACGUUCAAUGGAUACUUGUUCAUCAGUGUCUGCCUUGGGGCCACCCUUGGCUUCUUCCUUUUUGGGAACUACAGCCUCCAGGACAUAGUGCCACAUGCUGCUCGCAAGCAAAAUCGUCGUUUUCAUGUGGCUGCAGGGAGUGAUGAAAUGGAUGAACCUGAGCAAGUACAGCCCAUGGUGCAGAACUCUGGGGAUUCUAUGGCUGCACAUAAAUAUGUUGCAGAAGUCCCCGCAAGUCAAUGGGGAUCAGGACGCCUCUUUCGUUUUUUUAGGGACACCAUGAAAGAAUUGCAUGGUAACACAGGAACACCACUUGCCCCAAACAGCAGAAAUGUGUGCCUAUCAUUGAGGACCAAAGUCAGCAUGUGGAUGCUUGGGACCGGUGUGGUGAUGCUGCAUCAAGGGGGACGGUAUCACAUUGCCCUGUGCAGGGACUCGACAGGCGAGAACCAUCACCGGUCUCGCAUCGUCGAAGCAAACUCCAUCCAUCCCCUCGCGGACGAGUCUUCGGAUUCUUGCAAUUUUUGGCAGGAGUUCUGGAAAAUCCUCAGACCUCACACUUUCUUACUUCUUGUUGCUGUCACUGCUGCUCUAGUCACAGCAGGAUUGAACAUCUUCAUCCCAAAACUGUUGGGAGAGGUGGUAAACGUUUUGGCAGUAUUGGCCCGUGGGGAACACACCCACGACUAUUUCUCCAUGAUCAGAACCCCUGCCACCAAGCUCAUGGUUUGCUACCUUCUUCAGGGUCUCUUCACGUUCGUCUACGUGACGAGCCUCUUCUCCGUGGGGGAGAGGGUGGCCUUCGCUCUUCGCACCAGGUUGUUCAACUCGUUGAUCAUCCAGGAGAUGGCCUUCUUCGAUGCUCAUCGUACUGGCGAUCUUGUUGGCAGACUGACCCAGGACAUCCAAGAGUUGAAGAGCAGCACCAAGCUGAUCGUCUCUCAGGGACUGCGAAGCAGCGCCCAGGCGAGUCCCACUUCCCCAAUCCGUCCGCGUUUCCCCGUCGGAUCCCCCAACGAUCGCCUGCAUCCCUCAGAUCGCAGGCUGCAUGGUGUCCCUCUACUGGAUCUCCCCCCACCUCAUGGCCGGCUCGGCCCUCGUCCUGCCCAGUCUCAUCCUCGUCGGGACCGUGAUCGGUGCCGGGCUCAGGCGGCUCUCCAAAGAUACCAGCGCUCGGAUGAGUCAUUGCUCGUGUUUCAGCUCUCUCGGGCGACGACAGUGGCAGAGGAGGCAUUGUCCAACGUCCGCGUCGUCCGCACUUUCGCCACCGAGAAUGCGGAGAUGUCCCUCUACGAAAGGGAGGCCGGUGCCACUGCCGCCCUGGGCGAACGACUGGGGUUCGGCAUCGGCGUCUUCCAGGGUCUCACGAAUGUAGCGCUGAAUUCGAUCGUCCUGGGGACGCUGUUCGCCGGAGGCGCCCUGAUCCAAGAGCACCGGCUGACGGCCGGCGAUCUCAUGUCUUUCCUGGUUGCCACUCAGAUGAUGCAGCGCUCUUUCACGCAGAUUUCACUCCUUUUUGGUCAGUUUGUGAGGGGUGUGACGGCUGGAGCUCGAGUCUUUGAGUUUCUCGACCGAGUGCCGCAAGUUCCCGUGGAGGGAGGCCUCAUCAUACCCAAUGAGGAACUUAAAGGGGAAGUGACAUAUGAUGAUGUUCGAUUUGCCUAUCCAACUCGAGAGAACCAGCGAGUGCUUAAGGGCUUCAGUUUUGUGUUGCCUGAGGGAAAGGUCGUCGCUCUGUGCGGUCCCUCGGGCGGAGGAAAGACGACCAUCGCUGCCCUUCUCGAGAGGUUGUACGAGGUGCAGUCCGGGAGGAUCCUGUUGGAUGGGUACGACAUCCGGGACCUGGAUCCCUCGUGGCUCAGGGGGAGGGUGAUCGGGUACAUUCCCCAGGAACCGGUCCUCUUUGCGACUUCCGUCUUGGAGAACAUUCGAUACGGACGCAUCACCGCCUCCGACGAAGAAGUGCACGAGGCGGCCCGACUGGCAAACGCGGACGAGUUCAUCCGGUCCUUCCCCCGAGGCUACGACACGGUGGUCGGAGAGAGAGGCGUGACCGUUUCUGGCGGCCAGAAGCAGCGAAUCGCCAUCGCUCGUGCUCUUCUCAAGAAUCCUGUCGUCAUCAUCUUGGACGAAGCCACCAGCGCCCUGGACGUGGAGUCCGAGGCGGCGGUCCAGGCGGCGCUGGAGAAGGUCAUGCGCGGCCGCACCGUCCUCGUCAUCGCGCAUCGCCUCUCGACCAUCAAGGGCGCCGACUGCAUCGCGGUCAUCGCGGACGGGCAGGUUGUCGAGCUGGGAAGCCACGCGGAGUUGACGGAGCGAAGGGGAUUCUAUUACGACCUCAUCAAGUACCAGAUGGACCUGGAUCGGCUUGGAAUGGGUCGCAAGGAAGGCUAGGAAGUGCACGACUCUUUUUAUUGUGA